CCCGGGUCCAGCUGUUGACGCUUGAAGCGGCGGUGGCGCCGCCUGUUAACCGCCCGCCAACCGCCCGUGCCCGCCACAUCUGGAGCCGCCCCGCUCUCCCGCAGAAUGAACGUCCUCAAGCUCCACCGUCCGAUUGUUCCUUGUACUGCAAAAUUUGAUGAAGAAUUAAGUGAAGAAUCAAUAGUAGUUAUUAAAGGAAAGUUGACUGAUGAUCCUCUUAGGUUCGAUGUUAAUUUUCAGAGGGGCGACCAUCCUGAUGCUGACAUUUUAUUCCAUUUCAACCCCCGCUUUAAAGAGGAACUCGAAAAAAUUAUCUUUAAUUCUCGGGGACCUGAUGGCUGGGGAUUUCAGGGUGAAAAGUAUGAAAGGAUUGCUUCCAGAGGCUCACCAUUUAAGCUGGUUUUUAUGGUGUGGAACAACUCUUUUCAGGUAUCUGUGAAUGGUAGACACAUCCUGGACUACCCACAUCGAUUAGAAGAUUGGAAGCCUGAUACUGUUAUAGUUUUUGGAGAUAUACAAGUAGAAAGUAUUGAUGUUCUUAAACUUUGA